GGCCCGGGGCGGAAAGGCCGCGAUAAUCAGCGCCCCUUCCGUGAUGAACGGCAUCAAGUUGUUAAAAUCCGACGGCUGGACCUGUGGUGCGGGGGGCGGGGCGACGGUGUACAUCUUCGAGUACGAUCGUCGCUUCGACCAGGCGUAUCCAGAGUCCUUCGUGUACUACGAUUUCAACGAACCUUUGGCGGUACCCGACGAUCUGCGAGGGUCUGUCGACUACAUCCUCAUGGACCCGCCAUACUUGAACCCCGAGUGUAUCGGGAAGUUCCUAGAGACCGCGGACGUGAUCGCGCGAAGACCAAGGGCGGCAGUGGCAGGCGACGGGGACGGGAAGGAGGAGGCCGCACCCCCUGUUACACCCAUGAUGUUCAUCACAAGUCCGUUGAACCAUGCGUACUUGAGGGAGAACAUGGGGCUGCGCAGGACGCCGUACCAGCUGGCGUUCAAGAGCAAGUUCGCCACUCCCAUGUCACUCUACACCAACUACCCGAGCGACGCAUUGGGGGGGUGGGUGGAGGAAGAAGAGGAUUAA